UCUACUCUAAAUACAACUGAAAAAAAAUAAAAUUCUCUCUUCCCUGCAAAGCAAAACCCCAAAUCCCUAUUUAUAUUAAGUCCUCCAUUAAUAUCUCUAUCUCUGAAAUUUUCUGUCUUCAAUUUCAGGGGAGCUAAUUCAUAUAUGUUGAAGAAAGAAUAAAGAAGGACAACACACCCUGCAUCACUCACUUUUGUAGAUGGAAUUGAUGACCGUCUAUGUGGUGUGAGUAUCAGAUAGAAAACAUUAUCCAUUUAGCUUUAAACUUAAGCUUUAUACAGCUCUAAGUUUUCUUCCUAAUCCCUGUCCAUGGCCACUGUUUCCCCUCUCCCCUCACCAUUUCAGCACCCAAAUACUAGUUCAAAGUUUUCAUCACCAAUGCUUCAACCUUACGUAGAGCAACUAGAAGAUCAAGACAAGCAACAGCUUCAGCCACAACAAGCUGCUGUUGGACAGGUAAAUAAUGAUCCUAAGCAGAGUCACCUUAAUCCAUGCCCUAACCAUGUCUUCAUUGAUAAAGCAAUCUCAACUCUAUACCGUGUUUCCUUCAAUCAAAAUGGUAGCUGUUUCGCCAUUGGCACUGAUUGCGGCAUUAGAGUCUAUAGCUGUGACCCUUUCUGUGAGAUGUUUCGACGAUACUUUGAUAAUGGAGGUGGUAUUGGAAUUGUUGAGAUGCUCUUCAGAAGUAAUAUACUAGUCUUCGUGGGAAAUGGAGAUAAUCCACAAUAUCCUCGAAACAAGGUCAUAAUUUGGGAUGACCAUCAAAGCCGCUGCAUUGGAGAGCUCCGUUUCAGGUCGGCUGUGCGUGGUGUGCGGCUUCGACGGGACUGCAUCGUAGUUAUACUUGAGCAGAAGAUAUUUAUAUAUAAUUUUGCUGAUGUGAAGCUCGUCCACCAGAUUGAGACAAUUUCAAAUCCAAAAGGACUCUGUGAAAUUUCACAACUGGCUGUAUCACCUGUGCUGGUGUGCCCUGGGUUGCAAAAUGGUCAAGUUCGGGUUGAGCAUUUCACAUCAAAAAGGACUAAGUUUAUCUUUGCACAUGAUUCUAGGAUUGCAGCUUUUGCUCUUAGUCAUGAGGGGCAUGUGCUGGCAACAGCAAGUAUCAAGGGUACUCUUAUCCGGAUUUUCAGCACACAGGAUGGUACAUUGUUACAGGAGGUAAGGAGAGGUGCUGAUAGAGCAGAAAUUCACAGUGUUUCAUUUGAUCCAACUGCUCAGUGGCUAGCAGUCUCUAGUGACAAAGGCACAGUUCAUGUUUUUAGGCUCAAGGUCAAUCUGGGGAAUCAGGAUAAGACAAGAACUACUCCUAAUUUCCGUGUUACUUUGGCUGCAUCGAGUUCACCACUUUCCUUCAUCAAAGGAGUACUUCCAAAGUAUUUUAGCUCAGAAUGGUCUGUGGCUCAAUUCAAAUUGCCCGGAGAUUCUGAGUACAUUGUUACUUUUGGUCAUGAAAAGAAUACAUUGUUAAUUCUUGGCUUGGAAGGAAGCUUUAUUAGAUGCAAGUUCGACCCAGCCUCUGGCAAAGAGAUGACUCAGUUGGAAAUUCACAACUUUCUGAAGUCCAAAAAGGCCUCGUGAUGGAACCUUUGGAUCGGCUUUCCUGUCUAUGCAAGGAAGUAUUUGCUUCCCUUAGUUGCACCUGCUUUCCUAGUCGUGGUAUACGUUGUUGUAAGUAUCGUGUAUAUAUAUAUAUAUAUAUAUAUACUUGACACGGUAAAUCGGUAGCCAUAACCAAUAACUUUGAACAAGUUGAUGUAAAGAACGUCGACUUAUUAGUAUUCUAACAAAACUAUAAGAUUGAGUUUAGAACCACAACUGUUACUAGUAAAAUAUAUGCUUUUAAUAAUUCUUUGUUGCUC